AUGUUACGAAAUUCGAAGAAUAUUAAGUUAUCUUUAAUAUUACAACAUUUUAAGGCAAAGCAUUCAUCAGUAGUGCUAGAGAAAAUAAGAGAACGACUUGAGAACGGCCCUAGUUUUCAAGAUUUUAUUCAGAAUCCCGAACACAGUCGUGAGGAAUUAUCAAACGAAUUUGAUGGAAAAUUGAGAAGAGAAAAGGGCGACAAGGAACGAUUAAGACUUCCUAAAUGGCUUAAAACACCAAUUCCUUUGGGAAAGAAUUACGAUCAAAUUAAAUCGCAAUUAAGAGAUCUAAAAUUGUCGACAGUAUGUGAAGAAGCUAGAUGUCCAAAUAUUGGAGAGUGCUGGGGUGGAGGUAAACAUGGGACACAAACAGCAACUAUAAUGCUGAUGGGAGAUACAUGCACAAGAGGAUGUAGAUUUUGUUCUGUUAAGACAGCCCGAAUUCCACCACCAUUAGAUCCAAAAGAACCUGUAAAUACAGCAAUUGCAAUUGCUUCUUGGGGUUUAGAUUAUAUUGUCUUAACAAGUGUCGAUCGAGAUGAUUUAAGUGACGGCGGUUCUAAACAUAUUGCUGAAACAAUAAGUGAAAUCAAAAAACGUAAUCCCGUAAUAUUUGUCGAGUGUCUUGCACCAGAUUUUAGAGGAAAUCACGAAUGUAUUGAGAGAAUCGCGUUAUCAGGAGUCGAUGUGUAUGCACAUAAUAUAGAAACUGUUGAAAAAUUGACACCAUUUGUGAGAGAUAGACGAGCUGAAUAUCGUCAAUCACUUAAAUGUUUAGAAACAAUCAAAAAAAUCAAUCCAAAUCUUGUCACAAAGUCUUCAAUAAUGCUUGGGCUCGGAGAGACUGAUGAACAAGUAGAACAAACAUUAAAGGAUCUAAAAGAAGCAAAAGUCGAUUGUAUCACACUCGGUCAAUACAUGCAGCCAACAAAGAGGCAUUUAAGUGUAAUAGAAUAUGUUACACCUGAAAAGUUUAAACAUUGGGAGAAACGAGGAGAAGAAAUGGGAUUUUUAUAUACAGCUUCUGGUCCACUAGUUCGAAGUUCCUAUAAAGCAGGCGAAUUUUUCAUAACGAGUAUAUUGAAAAAAAGACAGAAUGCCUCAGCUGACAAAAAGGACUAA